AGACGCAGAUGACGUGUCUGCUCGCUGCAGAAAAAGUAUCUAGGUUAGGUAGCUACGAAGGCAGACAGAUACCAGCUAGUUAACGUUAGCUACCUUAUGUCAACUGUCCUAUCUAGUGAAUUCAAAUGCCAGCUAACCUGUCACCCCCUGUGUAGACAGAUAUUAACGUUACCGCAAGAAACGUUCAGCCUGCUAGGUUCGUCGAGAGAAGAGGAAAAUGUUUUCCCUGCACAGAGCGAGAGGCUCUGUUUUGGUGAUCUUCCUUCUGCUACACAGCGCUACAAGUUUCUAUCUUCCAGGUCUGGCCCCUGUUAGUUUUUGUGAACCAGGACAAGCUGGGAAAGAGAAUGAAGUACCGGACUGUAAGUCGACCAUCGAGAUAUUUGUGAACAGACUGGAUUCUGUGGAGUCUGUCUUGCCCUAUGAAUACACUGCGUUUGAUUUCUGCGCUAUCGACUCCGAGAAGCGCCCGUCUGAGAAUUUGGGUCAGGUUUUGUUUGGCGAGAGAAUUGAGCCCUCUCCCUACAAGUUUGAGUUCAAGAAGAAGGUGGAUUGUAAGCCGGUGUGUACUAAAUCCUACAACACCAACAAGCCAGAGGACAAAGCCCACCUGGACUUUCUGAAGAAAGGCAUGCUGCUCAACUACCAGCACCACUGGAUAGUGGACAACAUGCCGGUGACCUGGUGUUAUGAUGUGGAGGAUGGACAGAAGUUCUGUAACCCAGGGUUUCCCAUCGGCUGCUACGUCACUGAGGCAGGACGACCCAAAGACGCCUGUGUUGUCAACUCUGACUUUAAGGACAAAGACACAUUCUAUGUCUUCAACCAUGUUGACAUCACCAUUCAUUAUCAUGUGGUGGAGAACGAGGCUGCUGGGGCUAGACUGGUCGCUGCCAAGAUGGAGCCCAAGAGCUAUAAACACACCAAAGUGGAGGCCCCUGACUGUGCAGGAGGGCCCAUGUACCUGAACAACAAGUUGAGUGGAGAGCUGAAGAUCGGCUAUACCUACUCUGUCCAGUUUGUGGAGGACAAGCACAUCAGAUGGGCGUCACGUUGGGACUACAUUCUGGAGUCCAUGCCCCACACCAACAUUCAGUGGUUCAGCAUCAUGAACUCUCUGGUGAUCGUUCUCUUCCUGUCUGGUCCCGUGGUCCCAGUCCGCCAUGUUGGUUUCCCUUCAGGUCCCGCGGUCCCAGUCCGCCAUGUUGGUUUCCCUUCAGGUUCCACGGUCCCAGUCCGCCAUGUUGGUUUCCCUUCAGGAUCCACGGUCCCAGUCCGCCAUGUUGGUUUCCCUUCAGGUCCCACGGUCCCAGUCCGCCAUGUUGGUUUCCCUUCGGGUCCCACGGUCCCAGUCCGCCAUGUUGGUUUCCCUUCGGUUCCCACGGUCCCAGUCCACCAUGAAGAUGCCCAGGAGGAAUUUGGCUGGAAGCUGGUCCAUGGAGACGUCUUCCGGCCUCCCAGGAAAGGCAUGCUCCUCUCUGUCUUUCUGGGAUCAGGAACUCAGAUCUUCAUCAUGAUUUUCGUCACUCUCUUCUUUGCCUGCCUGGGCUUCCUGUCCCCGGCUAACCGCGGUGCCCUGAUGACGUGCGCCGUGGUGCUCUGGGUCCUACUGGGCACACCAGCCGGCUACGUGGCUGCCCGCUUCUACAAGUCCUUUGGUGGGGAGAAAUGGAAGACUAACGUCCUGCUGACUUGCUUCCUGUGUCCUGGGGUUGUGUUUGCUGAUUUCUUUGUGAUGAAUCUGAUCCUGUGGGGAGAGGGCUCCUCUGCAGCCAUGCCCUUUGGCACCCUGGUGGCCAUCUUGGCUCUGUGGUUCUGCAUCUCUGUCCCCCUCACCUUCAUAGGGGCCUACUUUGGCUUCAAGAAGACCGGGAUUGAGCACCCUGUGCGGACCAAUCAGAUCCCUCGUCAGAUCCCGGAGCAGUCGUUCUACACCAGAUCUCUCCCAGGGAUCGUCAUGGGGGGGAUCCUCCCGUUCGGCUGUAUCUUCAUCCAGCUCUUCUUCAUCCUCAACAGCAUCUGGUCUCACCAGAUGUACUACAUGUUUGGUUUCCUGUUUCUGGUGUUCAUCAUCCUGGUAAUCACCUGCUCUGAGGCCACCAUCCUACUCUGCUACUUCCACCUCUGUGCUGAGGACUACCACUGGCAGUGGCGUUCCUUCCUGACCAGUGGUUUCACGGCCGUCUACUUCCUGGUCUAUGCCAUCCACUACUUCUUCUCCAAGCUCCAGAUCACAGGAUUGGCUAGCACCAUCCUCUACUUUGGUUACACCAUGAUCAUGGCUCUCAUCUUCUUCUUAUUCACAGGAACGAUUGGAUUCUUUGCCUGUUUCUGGUUCGUCACCAAGAUCUACAGCGUAGUGAAGGUGGACUGAGUAGUUAACCAAACCAAUGGAUUUCCUGUCUCCCCCUCCACCCUCACCCUCCCCCCUCACCCUCCCUGGGCUGGAGGGACACUAUUGUUACGUUACACCCUGACUGCGUACGGUGACCAGGGCCCACUGGUCUAAAUGGGGAAUAGGGUGCCGUUUGGAACACAACCCUUGUCUACUGUGUGGAAGACGCAUUUUUGUCAGAGCAGCAAGACACCUGUGUGUGUGUGUGUGUGUGUGUGUGUACACACACAUCUAUACAUAAUGUAGUCUGGAGUGCAGGACAUGAAAUCCCUGUUGGGUCCAGAUCCUACUGCACAUCAAUGAAACAUCCCUUAUUUACCUCUGACAAAUGCAAAUAGGAAAUCUACAAGCUAGUGACUGUUUGAAUACCCGCUGCUCCAGGUUUGCUAGUAGACCCCCCCCCCCCCCCCCCCCCCGUUACAGUUAGUGCGCCAACGCAGACAGAAACUAAGGUGGUUUUACGUUGUCAUUCAAACUAUUAAUAGUGUUGGACAAUAUGAUUGUAAAUAACUGAUUUUUUCCCUAAUGCUGAUGAAUGAUUUGGGGUUGUAAUAAACUUAAAAUGUGAGAUGGAAUUCCUCCUCUGACCCCUGUUCUGGGCUGGUAGAGUAGUUGGCUCAGUCCCAAAUGGCACUCUAGUCUGCACUACAAAAGUAGUCUGCACUAUGUAGGGAAUAGGGUGCAAUUUGGGAUUAGUCCUGUUUCGUCGGUUUUGUUUUGUUUUAUUUUGUAUUAUAAAUGCUUGAGUAUUAAUCAACUGGUCUGUUAUUUAACUUUAUAUUCCAAUUACAUUUUUUCUGUCUUUUUAUUUUUGCCACAAAGACACGUGCCUCAUCAGUAGUUCAUUUUAUUUGCAAAAACCAACAGUUUGGGAUUUUGUGAAAGUAAUCAUCGACCUUUAUGUCCCAAAUGGCACCCUAUUCCCCAUGUAGUGCACUACCCUUGAUCAGGGGCUCGGGUCUAAAGUAGUGCACUACCCUUGAUCAGGGGCUCGGGUCUAAAGUAGUGCACUACCCUUGAUCAGGGGCUCUGGUCUAAAGUAGUGCACUACAUAGGGAGUAGGGUGCCAUUUGGGACAUCUAUCAAUUAUGUGGGGAUCUGAUACUUAUAUCCUUUCAGUGUAAAUAUAAAUGAUACUAGUUUCAUUAGUCUGACCGAGCAUCUGGGUUCCUUCACUGGUUUGAAAUGAUGUAAUUAUGAUCUGAAAAAUAAGAAAUGGUAGAAAAUGUCAAAUAAAACAUUUUCCUGUU